AAACAAGUAAGACGGUCACAGAUGGCACACUUUGUUGUUUGCGGAUCGUUGAAAAUGGCAGUGUAUCCGCUCUUAUAUUUAAUAAUCUUCUAACUUUCUUCUGUUGCGAAUAAAAAUGUUUUUUUAUCAGUAUUCGUCUUUUGUUUGAAACAAUGUCGGAUUCAAAUUCACCUAAAGCUGAUACAAGUAGUCCUAGUCCCUUGGGUAAUUUGAGGCAAUUCCGUUUUCAAAAGAAAGUGAAAAAAAUAAAUAUGUCUGACGAUGACAGUAAUUUAGUAAGUCCUGAUAUUCAACCACAUAGAAAACCAAUUAAUCGUAUUGAAGAUAGUGAUAGUGAUAUUGGAAGUCCUAUUAAAGUAAAUGUUACAAAUUCAGAAUCAGAAAAAGAAUCAGAAGCUAAACAGAAAGAAGUAAAACUCAAAUAUUUAACUACGUUAUACCCACAAAAUGAUACUGUUUAUAUACAAGAAGUACUUAAUAAUGUCAAUUGGAACAUCGAAGAAGCUGAAAACAUUGUUAAAAAGAAUAGAAAACGAACUUUGAAAGGGUCAAGUAAAAGCAGCUACAAAAAGCGAAGAAAAUUACACGAUGAAGAUGCUGAUGUAGAUUCAGAUGAAAUCAAAUAUAAGGAUAAAGUAUUUAAUAGCGACGAUGAUGAUUCAGAUGCUGAAAUAUCAAAUGAUUUAACUCAUGAUAAAAAAGCAGUUUUGGAAUUCAUGCGAACUGCACUAUUGUCGGAAUUGCUUCUAAUACCACAGUGUUCUCAAAAAAGAGCAGAAGCAGUGAUAGAAGCAAGACCAUUUGAAAACUGGAGAGAUCUAGUUUUCAAAUUUCAAAAUAAUAAGUAUUUGGAUACAGAACUCUUAAAUUCAACUCAGGAAUUAUUGGCUACACGACAAGUAAUAGAAUCUCUUAUGAAAAAAUGUAUUCGUUUGUCUACAAACCUUGAAAAAGCAGUAGCUGCUGGUUCAUCUACUAUAAAACAACAGCCAAGAGGAUUGUCAUCAAAAUUAACAUUAGCGCCAUAUCAAAUGAUUGGUUUAAAUUGGCUCGCAGUUAUGCAUGCUCAGAAUGUAAAUGGUAUACUUGCAGAUGAAAUGGGAUUAGGAAAAACUGUUCAAGUAAUAGCUUUUCUUACAUACUUAAGUGAAGCAGGACUUAUUAAUGAAAAAGAUGGGCCUCAUUUAAUAGUUGUUCCAAGUUCGACAAUGGAAAAUUGGAGUAAUGAAUUAGAAAGAUGGUCACCUAAUCUAAAAGUUGUUCAAUAUUAUGGUUCUCAAGAAGAACGUAAAGAAAUGAGAAUGUCGUGGCGAAAUGGUGAACUUGAUGAUGUAGACAUCCUAUUAACUACUUAUAAUUUGAUCAGUAGUACUCCAGAAGAACGUAGAUUAUUUCGUGUUAUGCCAAUACAUUAUGUAGUUUUCGACGAAGCUCAUAUGCUUAAAAAUAUGAGUACGAUUAGAUAUGAAAAUCUGGUUAGAAUUAAUGCUAAACAUCGUAUUCUUUUAACUGGUACACCAUUACAAAACAAUUUACUGGAAUUGAUGUCUCUUUUAAUAUUUGUAAUGCCAUCUUUGUUUGCUGGAAAGCAAGCAGAUAUAAAAAGUUUAUUUUCUAAGAAUUCCAAAAUGUCAUCUGAUAAAAACAAUAAGCAGCCCCUGUUUGAACAACAACAAGUAAAAAAUGCGAAACAAAUUAUGCGUCCUUUUGUACUUCGUCGACUCAAAGCAGAGGUACUAGGCGAUUUACCUGAAAAAACGGAUGAAGUGAUACGGUGCACUUUAACUAAAAAGCAAACUCGUAUGUACAAAAAUUUAGUUGAAAAAUUUUCUGCCGAAGCUAAUGAAAGCACCGAAGUUAAUGGAGUUGGUAUGAUGAUGCAACUGAGAAAACUUGCAAAUCAUCCUCUUUUAGUUCGAGAUUAUUAUCAAGAAACACAACUUAAGAAUAUGGCUAAAAAAUUAGCUGCAGAACCUGGAUAUAAACAAAAAAAUUCAGAAUAUGUAUUUGAAGAUUUAUGCUGGAUGUCUGAUUAUCAAAUAAAUCAAUUAACACGAGUAUAUAAAAGUUUGGGAGGGUUUGGAUUACCACAAGAAUUUAUUCCCGGAUCUGGAAAAUUAACGAAACUAGAUGAACUCCUAAAGGAUUUUAAAGAAAAUAAUCAUAGAGUAUUGAUUUUCAGUCAAUUUACAAUGGUAUUAGAUAUUUUGGAAGAAUAUUUAACUAUUAGAGGACACACCUAUUUAAGAAUGGACGGAAGCACACCUGUAACGGAAAGACAGUCUCUUAUAAAUGAAUAUACAGAAGACAAUAGUAUAUUUAUAUUCUUAUUAUCUACAAAAGCUGGUGGACUAGGCAUUAAUCUAACAGCUGCUGAUACUGUUAUAAUUCAUGAUAUAGAUUUCAAUCCAUAUAAUGAUAAACAGGCAGAAGAUCGCUGCCAUAGAGUGGGUCAAAAAAAACCCGUACGUAUAAUAAGACUUUUAGGAGAAGAUACUAUAGAAGAAGGCAUGUAUGAAAUAGCUCAAGAAAAACUUAAUCUUGAACAGCAGCUUACUGGAAGUGAAGAAGGUGAGAAUACAGAUAAAAAAAGUGUUCUAAAAUUAUUAAAAAUGACACUUGGACUAGAUCCGCAUAAUAGAUCAUUAUCACUGUCACCUUCGAAAAAUUCUAGUAAAAUGCACAGUGAACUUGAAAAAAAUCAAGCAGAAAGUGAUAUAGAAUUUUGAUUAAUACGUUUCUCUAUAUGGAACAGAAAAAUAAUUUAUAAAAGGCAACGUAUCGACGCACAUUAAAGAGAAAGCAUAUUUAUAUUAAUGCAUUUUGUAUCAAUUUCACUUAUAGAAUUCAUAGAUAUCAUUUAUAAUUUGUGUAAUACACGUUUGUAGGGUAGCUUUCCAGGAAUAUUUUCAAUCAUUUUUAUUUAUUCUUAUAAAAACAAAGAAAUUUUGUAACGUUUGUGGUAAAUG